AUGUCAAAAGAGCACGCGGUGUCUCCCUCCGGCGUUAUGGGAAGCAUGGUCUCGCGCUCCGGCAGACCUUGCGAUAUCGCACGCCGCCUGCUACGCAGAAGCAACGCCACUUGGUCCCUCACGGUCUCUCAGACGAAGUCGAUCACGGCGCACGGCAAGUCCGGUGACGUUGACAAGGCCUUGGAGCUGUUCGACCAAAUGCCCCACAGAAACCUGGUCGCGUACAACGCAAUGCUCUCCGUACUUAUCGAUUCCGGACGAUUGGAUUCCUCCUUGCAAUUCUUCUCCAGGAUGCCUCUCAAGAAUGCCAGGUCGUACACGUCGAUGAUCACCGGGAUGGGGAGGUCAGGUCGCGUCAGGGAAGCGCGACGGCUGUUCGAUUCGAUUCCUUCUCGCCACCGCAAUGUGUUCGCUUGGACAGCCAUGAUCUGUUGCUACGCUCAGAACGAUGAACCUCUCCGAGCCGUGAAGCUGUUCACGGACUCCUACGGCGAUUUCUCCAAGUCGAAGGUGGCACCCAAUUCGCAUACUUUUAGCCUUCUGCUCAAGUCUUGUGGUUCCUUGAAAUCUCUCGUAUAUGUGAGGCAGUUCCACUGUAUGAUAGCGAAGAUUUUGGACUUAGAAACGAAAUGUUGCAUCUUUGUUCAGAAUGCUUUGGUGGAUGCAUACGCGAAAUUGGGAUGCUUGAUCGAUGCAGAGCGUGUCUUUGGUAGGAUGAAGUGGAAGGAUUUGGCUUCAUGGAACACCAUGAUGGACUGUUACACCCACAACUUGUUAUUACAUCAAGCUUUUGAGAUCUUCAACUCGAUGAAAGACAAGGAUAUCCUUUCAUGGAACAUUAUGAUGUCUGGUUUACUUGAAUCUCGUCGUGGAUUAGAAGUUCCAAAUCUAUUCCUUUCUUUGUCAAGAUUAUACCCGGAGAGUAAGCCCAAUUCAUCAACGUACAGCAUAGUCUUAUCUGCAUGUGCUACUCAUGCAAUGCUCGAAUUUGGAAGGCAGAUACAUUCUUGCUCUUACAAAAUCAGUUUAUACCCAUAUAAUAUUUUUGUUUCCAACGCCUUGGUCACCAUGUAUGCCAACUGCGGACUGAUGAAAGAAAUGGUGGAAGUGUUUGAUGAAUUGCCAAACAAAGAUGUGGUUUCAUGGAACUCAGUGAUACAAGGUUUUGGGCAGAAUGGGGAAGCUCGAGAAGCCCUGAAUUUGGCAAAGAAGGCGUUAGAUUCUGGUAUGUUUAAUGCGAACACCUUUACUGCUAUAUUCACCAGUUGCAGCCAUGGUGGCUUGGUUAUUGAAGGGUUGGAUUAUUUUAACUCCAUGAGGAGGAAAUAUGGCAUAGAACCAAAUUUGGAUCAUUAUGUUUGUGUAGCAGAUUUGCUUGGAAGAGCUGGCAUGGUGAAGGAAGCUAAUGAUCUGUUGGGAAGCAUGCCUUUUCCAGCAAAUUCUGUUGCAUGGUCAACUCUUCUCAAUGCAUGUUCACUACAUGGGAGCGUCGACAUUGGCAGAGUUGCAGCACAAAAACUGCAGAUGAUGGAGCCUGGAAGUGCAAAGAGCUACUUAGCACUGGCAUCUGCUUACAACAGGACUGGAAAUGAAGGGGCUUCUUCGAAACUUCUUGAUCCUAUAGUAGAAAAUCAUACAGUAAAGGAACAUGGAUCCAGUUGGGUUAUCAAAAUGUAG